UUUAGAAAUAGUCUGAUAAUGGAAUCUAAGGAAGGAAUCUGGCUAAGAACCAAGGAUGAUGGGGUUCUCCUCUUUAAGAAUAUUAAUCUAUCCCAACAAGAAAGCGAUAAGCAAGAGAAGAAGGAUCCAGACGCAGUAGAGCAUUCCAAAGAUACUGUCAUCCAUACCUUUGAAGAAGAUGUCCAACCUUUUACUCAUGGCUCAAAGUAUUUCCAUACUGAAAUGCAAGUCUUCUGUACUGUUACAGAUAGAACAGAGGCAGAAGAUGGUAAACUAACUAGCAUAAAAAUAAACUUGCCAGCCUUGCAAAUGGAAGGUGUCCAAGUAGACAUUGAUGAAAAUAGCAAGAAAAUUCUCCAAAGCUCAAUGGAUAUCUAUCUUAGAGGAGUCCAGAAAUCUGGCAGCAAGUUUACUGUCCAAGGAUCUUAUAACCUGAAUAGAAGCUUAAAAGAGAAUAUGGCCUCAGUGUUCCAAUCUCUUGGACAAAAUAUGGGCAAUUUCAAGCUGUUUCAUAAUCAAAAGAUCAUCAGCUUAAGCGAGGAUUUUGCUGAUAUCUACGAACACGGAAAAGAUACUUAUAUCUAUGCUUUCGAAAGCCUCGGCAAACCAAGGAUGUUCAAAAGAUUCCCAAAAUGAUAUGAAGGUGGAACCUGGUCUUGUGGAGGAAGUGCAGAUGCGAUUGCAUUUACCCCAAACAAAGAUAUCACAGUUGCUGGCUUUCAAUUCUUUGUCCCUAAAGAAGAUUCUCAAUGCGAAAUGAAGUACAAGAUAACCAUUGAUGAUGUGGUUGUUGAAGAGACAGAAGCUCAAGUCUAUACUGAUUGGGAAGACACCUACUAUAAAAGCGUCUAUCUGGAGAAAAAUCAUCCUGCAAAAGCAAACUCAAAGAUAAAUAUCUUAAUAAAGAUAGCCAAGAGCUUAGAAAAUAGUCAAUACACAAACACUUAUUACGGAACCGAUGGACAUGAUGUUGGAAACAUUGAAAAUGAAGAUGUAGGAUUAUUUUCUAUCUCAUAUGGCACUGAUUGCUGCAAUGGAACCUCUGAAUCUAGUGGGCAAAUACCUGCUAUUUUCUAUUAUCUUGGAUAGCCUUAAAUGAUCUCAAUUCUGACAUGAA